AUGGCCCCGGCAAUGAAGUCCGCGAUGAAGUCCAAGGCCAUGAAGGCUGCCAAAGCCAUGACCAAGAGCCAGCUUGCCGACCAGCUCGCUACCAAGUCGGAGCUCAAGAAGAAGGAAGUCCUGUCGGUCCUGCAGAACCUUUCCGAGAUCGGUGCCAGCGAGGUUCGUUCUCCCAGGGCUUUGCAUGAUCAAGACUCGUGUGAAGCCUGCGACGAAGGGUGGCACCCGUAUGAUGUUCGGCAAGGAGGUGCAGGUCAAGGCGCAGAAGGCGAAGACGAUUGUGAAAGCCACGCCGGUGGCGGCACUCAAGAGCCAGGUAUAGGGGGUGGCUGUGAGUGCUGGCAGCAGAGCUGCAGCUGGCUGCGUGUUUGUCGAUGGGGUUCGACGGUGGGCACGCUAGCUCGCUGUGGAGCGAGAGCUGUAGUCGUGCGCGAUCAGACGCACGCCGUGUACCGAUAG